GCGCCUCAUGAUGACGUCCUGACUAGACGGAGUCACCUGAUCAGUCCUGAGAACGCCUUUGGGAAGACCGCUGUCGCGCUGUGAUGACGUCAUGAUGGGGUUUGUUUACUGCUACGUGUUCGGGAAGUGGUAGGAGAUCGGUGGCGGCCGGUGGUGUGGGCUGCCGGGGCAGGAGGAGGAGGACCCGGCACCAUGAGCUGGUUCAAUGCCUCACAACUUUCCAGCUUCGCCAAGCAGGCGCUGUCCCAGGCCCAGAAAUCCAUAGACCGAGUACUGGAUAUAAAGGAGGAUGAGACAGCCUGGGCAGACUCCAUCAUCAGCCCCUAUGAGGAGGGCAGUGGUUCUUCUAUCAAAGGGAGCUGGGAAAACUCCAACUGGGGAGGACAGUCAGAGGAGGAUCAGACCCAGGUGAUAUUAUCGCCAACCGCCAUUACCAAACCGGUCAGAAGAACUGUGGUGGACGAGUCUGAGAAUUUCUUUAGUGCCUUUCUCUCUUCACCAGAGACUGUGACGGUUAGUUCUGUGGUCUCUAAGCCUCCCACCAAAUCUCAAAGACCCAAAGAAGAAGUUAAGCAAAAUUCACCCAAGCCUAUAAUCCUACCGAAUAAUGACAACCAGUCCAGGGAUGAGCUCCAGGAGGAACAAGACUUGAAAAUAACUUUAUCCACAGACUUAUCCACAGAGAAGGACAAGCGAGAAGAGACAACUGAGGAGAAAUGUGACCUGGAAAAGACCGUUCAGGAAUCGAGUGACUCUUCUGAGGAUCUGCAAGGACCUAAGUCAGAAGAAGAGGCCAUUGCUUCUUCUCCAACUGUUCCACCAGAAAAUAAGGACAAUGGGCUGGACCUCAAGGACCAAAAGCUUGAGGAUCGGCAGACUAAUACCCCAUCCCCUCCCAUCAGCACUUUCUCCUCUGGCACGUCCACAACUAGUGAUAUUGAGGUGCUAGACCAUGAGAGUGUUAUAAGUGAGAGCUCUGUCAGCUCCAGACAGGAGGUGACGGACUCCAAGGGAAACCUUAGCCUGAUGCAGAACUCCUUCCAGCUCUUGUCACCCUCUGCAGAAUAUAGCCGCCUGGAUGAAUUUCCUAAGCUGACAGAAAGCUGCUCAUCCUCCGAUGCCUUUGAAAGGAUAGACUCUUUUAGCGUACAGUCUCUGGACAGUCGCAGCGUCAGCGAAAUCAAUUCCGAUGAUGAGCUGCCGGGCAGGGGGUGCACGCUGGUAGCCAUUGCGGUUAGCACGUCCAUCCCAAGUAUGGACAUUACUAGUUCUACAGAGAGCAAAACUGAUGAUGAACUCAUUGAGACAACAAUGCUUGUGCAUUCGAGUGAGGACAUCGAGAUGGAGGAGAGCGGAAGGAGCGCAACCCCUGUAAAUUCCGAGCAGCCGGAUCUCCUUGUCACGUUGCUUCAGAUGCAGGAGCCAGAAUCAGUCAGGCAACAAGAACUGAGGGAGGAGCAGGAGACAGACCAUAAGCCAAAGGUUGAUUAUACAAUGGAAGAUAUGCAAAAGAUCAUUGAUGAGCUCACUAGCCGCCUGGAGAAGAGAGAAUCCCAACUACUAUCAGUCAGCAAAGAAAAGGCAAUUUUAGAAGAGACUCUGGACAACCUUAGAGAUGAACUUGUUAGAAUGAAAGAAGAAAGUAGCAGCGUGUCAUUGCUGAAAGACGAGUUCACACAUCGGAUAGCAGAAGCUGAGAGGAGGGCGCAACUGGCCUGUAAAGAAAGAGACUCUGCCAAAAAGGAUAUCAAAGCCAUGAAGGAGGAGCUGGCUACUAGACUGAAGUCCAGUGAAACGGCUGAGAUAAUGAGGGAAAAGGACGAGCAAAUUAGAGGCCUCCUUGAGGAAGGUGAAAAACUUUCCAAACAACAACUGCACAACUCCAAUAUCAUAAAGAAGCUGCGAUCCAAAGAAAAGGAGCAUGAGAACAUGAUCAAUAAACAGACAAAGAAGAUCCGAGAGCUGGAGGAAGAAUUGCAGUUGUUAAAACAGACUUUAGAUGGAAAGGAAGAGGUUGAGAAGCAGCACCGGGAGAACAUCAGGAAGCUUAACAGUGUGGUGGAAAGACAAGAGAAGGAUGUGGGAAGAUUUCAGAUGGAGCUGGACGAAGUCCAAGAAAAGAACCGCAGUCUUCAGGCGGCUCUCGACAGCUCCUACAGGGAACUUGCAGAACUACACAAAGCUAAUGCCACCAAAGCCAGUGAAGCCCAGGAGGUAGCGCUAAGCUGUGAAAUCAAAGCAAGAGAAGAAAUGUGUUCAGCGCUGGAGAAGGCAAAGGAAGAGUCUCUAAAACAGCAGGAGGCCUUAGCCAUUCAGGUGGCUGAUCUGAGGCUGGCAUUGCAGAGGGCUGAGCAGCAAGCUGCAAGGAAGGAAGAUUAUUUACGGCAGGAAGUGGCAGAGUUACAACAGAGACUCCAAGAAGGCGAAGCUCGGAAUCAGGAGCUAAGUCAAAGUGUCACUUCGGCUACUCGACCUUUGCUGCGUCAGAUUGAGAACCUCCAAGCAACAUUAGCGGCUCAGACUGCAUCCUGGGAGAAGUUAGAGAAGAAUCUUUCUGAUCGACUCACUGAAUCCCAGACUUGGUUAGCAUCUGCAAUAGAGAAAGAGAGAGCAGCAACAGAGGAGCUUUUGUCUAUAAAGACACAAAUCUCAGCCAUGGAGUCUCAAAACAGCCUCCUGCGCCAAGAGAAGAGCCGAUUCCAAGCUCAGCUAGAGGUGGAGAAAUCUAGGUUGUCAAAGAUGGAAGAAGAACACAGCAGGAAUCAAGUGGAACUGGAGAACCUGAAGAUGGAAUACAAGAAAAUGGUUGAAGAAGCAAAAAGAGAAAAGGCCCUGCUAAACAGCCAACUAGAGAUGGAGAAGAUGAGAGUGGAACAGGAGAAAAAGAAGGUGAUGCUGGCCCAAGAGGCCUUCAAAGAGAAGGAGCGCAAGUCUUAUGGAUUCCCUACUCCUGAGACCGGCACCACCACUCCCACAUUGUCACGUUCUAGUUCAGUUAGUGGGGCGGACCUGACAGGUUUACAGACCUCUUUCCUAUCACAGGAAGAUCCUCAUGAUCCGCUUUAUGGCUCAAUGACUAUGUCUGUCAGCAGCAGCAACCUCUACGAUGCUGUAAGGAUGGGAGCUGGCUCUAGUGUCAUUGAAAAUUUACAAUCUCAGUUAAAAUUGAGAGAAGGGGAACUUGCCCAGUUGCAGCUUGAAAUAGGGAACUUGGAAAAAACUCGCUCCAUACUUGCUGAAGAAGUUGUCAGAUUAAACAAUCUUAAUGAUGAACUUGAAGAAAAGGUUAAGGAGAUCCCCAAACUGCGAGUUCAGAUGAGGGAUUUGGACCAGCGAUACAACACUAUCCUGCAGAUGUACGGCGAGAAAGCCGAAGAAGCUGAAGAACUGCGCCUAGACCUGGAGGAUGUAAAAAAUAUGUACAAGACUCAAAUAGAUGAACUAUUACAACAAAGAUUAAAAUAGUUUUAUUAGCAGAAACUCCAGAUGUCUUAACAGAGAACACAUUUUAAUCAGAAUCCUGCUUCCUAUGUAAAUGUUCACCCCCGUCCUCCUGUAUAAACCGUUCGUGUACAUUCAGAGAUGAUUUUUAUUUGCCGCAUGUUGAUAUAGCUUUUUCAUUCUUUCUCUUUAAAACCUAAUAUUGCUGUUUAAAUUAUUAUUUGUGUAGUAUUUAAGUUUUUUUUCAGUCUAAAGCUCAAUUUUUUUUUUAAAGUUCCUAUAAUACAAAACCAGUUCUGCGGAUGUCCUUUUUUUUUUUUUCUUAAUUCUUUUGAAAUGUAACCUGUAAGCAAACAACAGUGCAAUGUACCAGUCAGAGCAGCACUGUCAACGCUGUAAAACAUAAGACUGGACACAGGCUCCAGGGGCUGAAAAAGUGCUUAGAUCCAGAAUAAAAACAGCAGCCCUCCUGUAGUGACAAUUAGGGUGUAUUAGAGGUUUUUAUUUUUCUUAAAAGAGACUAUAGAGUAUUAAAAUAUAUAGUGCAGAGAUAAGAGCGAUACAUAAAGAAUGGCAGCAGUGAUACAGUACAUACAAGUCCUUUAGUUAUCCUCUUGGCUGUGUUCAAAAACCCCAAUUAAAGGGGUUAUCCAGGAAAAAAACUUUUUUUUUUUUUUUUUUUAUAUAUCAACUGGCUCCAGAAAGUUAAACAGAUUUGUAAAUUA